UGCAUGAUCAUUAAAGGUGUUAGCUAAGCGGCAGAGAACAGCCUUCCCUCCAAAUUUUGUGCACUCUCUUGAUGGUUCGCAUAUGAUGAUGACUGCCAUUGCCUGCUCGGAGGCAGGCUUAAGUUUUGCAGGUGUGCAUGAUUCAUAUUGGACUCAUGCAUGUGAUGUGGACAAAAUGAACAUGAUUCUCAGAGAAAAGUUUGUUGAACUCUACGAGGCACCAAUUUUGGAGAAUUUGUUGGAGGGUUUCCAAAAGUCCUUCCCCAACCUAAACUUCCCUCCAUUGCCAGAACGAGGAGAUUUUGACCUGAGGGAAGUUCUGGAGUCGACCUAUUUUUUCAACUAGUUGAAGAGAUGUUACAUCAUUCUUUCUGGAUUUCUGAUUAUUAACCUUGUCGUGGCGACUCAAGAUUCUUAAAUUCUUGCUGCUCCUACCAAUCAUUGCGUAAAAGAGCAACAGGAGAACGCCAUCUUGGAGACUGAGCUGCCCAUCCUGGGGUCCGUUUUCUAUACAUUCACACAGUAGCUUUAACCAUAAGAUGCUGAAGAUUUGAGUAAUGUUCUUCAAUGACACAACAAUUAUAGCCAACACCAUGGUCCAAAAAUUUAUGCUAACUGAGCAUAAAUUAGUAGUAUCCCAUGCAGCAGUAUUCUCAGUGAUUUGAAGUGGGUAUAGCAGGGAGGAAUCCAAGCUUGCUUUGUACAUGUGGAUUGUUCGAGUCGGGUUCAGCAAAAUAAUAUGUAGAUAUGUAUCAGAUUUGUCCGAGGCACAAUAGAAUCAUAGAUGCCAAGAAUGAGAUUAUAACAGCUGUAGAUCACACUUGGAAGAUAAAGCCAAGCCCACAUAUCCUUACUGUAUCAGUUAUAUAGAUUAACCUUUAGAUGUUCUCAAGGAAACAUUCCAGGCAAUUGUUCUCAUCAGAGUCUGUACGAAUAAAGAAAGAGGUUACUGCUGGUCACUUCAGUAGGCAACCGUAUUUUGUUUACAUGGAAAGUUGUAGUUGGAACAUACUAUGAAUCCAUGAAUUAGAGCUUUCAUUGAAUUACCUUUAUUGCUGUAA